GCAUAUCAAGAAAAUGCCUGAAUUGGAAGUCAAUCCAGAUUUGCAAAAGGAGCGUAACACAGCAACCUUUGAACCGAAAGAGUUUUCAAUUUUUUGGGCUGGUGGCGAGGAGAAAUACAAAGAGAAGAAAGCCUUGGAGAAACUGUUUCUUGACGAUCCUGCUUUGAAAGAUGAUCUGCCUACAUCAUAUAUGUCCCACAAGGAGCUCUAUGAGGACAGCUUACGCAAGGCCUGUCUUAUUGGCGAGAAGAUACGCCAGCUGCGUGCUGAUGGCGAGGAUGGCGUAGAUACAUAUACUGCUGUGCUUGGCGGUUCAUUGGGCGCUGCCUUGUUGAAGGAGGGCAAUCCCAUGUCCCUUCACUACGUCAUGUUUGUGCCCACAAUUAUGGGUCAGGGCACCAUGGAACAGCAAGUAGAGUGGUUGCCCAAGGCGUGGGAUUGUGAAAUAAUUGGAACCUAUGCCCAAACAGAACUGGGACACGGCACCUUUCUGCGUGGAUUGGAAACGCGUGCUGAUUACGAUGCCAGCACACAAGAGUUUGUGAUCAAUACGCCGACGAUGACUGCCUACAAAUGGUGGCCUGGUGGUUUGGGUCACACGGCGAACUAUGCUGUUGUCGUCGCACAGCUGUACACCAAAGGCGAGUUUCGUGGUCUGGCUCCUUUUAUUGUGCAACUAAGAGACAUGGAUACUCAUCGGCCCAUGCCAGGAAUUGAUAUUGGCGACAUCGGCACAAAGCUGAGCAUGAAGGGUGUCAACAAUGGCUAUCUGGGUUUGAAGAAUGUGCGUGUUCCGCUGAAUCAUAUGCUAAUGAAGAACCAACAGGUGCUGCCCGAUGGCACCUACGUGGCGCCCAAGAAUAGUGUCCUCACCUAUGGUACCAUGAUGUUUGUACGUUGUGUACUUAUCAGAGACACUGCUCAUAGCUUGUCUAAGGCGUCAACCAUUGCGACACGUUAUUCGGCAGUUCGACGACAAAGUCCCAUUGAUCCUAAGGAGCCAGAACCUCAGAUUAUGGACCAUACAACACAGCAGCUGAAGGUAUUCCCUCAGAUAUCUAAAGCCAUUGUGUUUAAGAUAGCGGGCGAUGCUAUUUGGAACAUGUACAAUGUGCUGUCCGGCGAAAUUGAGCAUGGCAACUUGAAUCGCCUGCCAGAGAUGCAUGCUCUAUCCUGUUGUUUGAAGGCCAUUUGCAGCGCGGAUGCAUCAGCUGGUGUAGAGAUAUGUCGUCUCUCUUGCGGCGGUCAUGGCUUUAUGGAUUGCUCAAAUUUUCCUGCUAUCUAUGGCAUGACCACAGCUGUGUGUACAUACGAGGGCGAGAACACGGUAAUGCUGCUUCAGACGGCACGAUAUCUGGUCAAGGUCUAUGGUCAGGCCCUGGCCGGUGAACAACUGGUACCCACUGUUGCCUAUAUUAACGAGGCUAUCAAGCUAAAAAAGUUUGUUAAUUUCGAUUGCUCGUUAGACUCAAUUGUGAAGGCAUUCCAAUUCGUGGCGGCUAACAAAACACGCAUCGCCUAUGAGCAGAUCGAGCAGCGUCGCCGGCAAGGCAACAGCACGGAGGUGGCCGCCAACCUCAGCGGCACUUUCUUGACAAGCGCCGCAGACCUGCACGGACGCGCAUUCUUGGCCCAAACCGCGUACACAGAGCUAAUGGCUAUAUCGAAACGAGUCUCGCCAGCACUUGCCGACGUGCUAAAGGUUGUGCUUGAGCUGUACCUAGUCGAUGCAUGUCUUAAUCGUCUUGGAGACUUUUUACGGUUUAUUGAGUUGACUGCUGAGGAUGUUACCAAGUUGGAAGUGCGUUUGGAGAGCUGCCUGAAGCGUUUGCGCCCCAAUGCUGUUGCUUUGGUCGACAGCUUUGAUUUGCACGAUCGCGUGUUGGAUUCGGCAUUGGGCGCAUAUGAUGGCAAAGUGUAUGAUCACAUCUUCGAAUCGGUUAAGAAAAAUCCGCUCAACAAGGAGCCGGUAAACGAAUCGUUCCACAAAUACUUGAAGCCCUUCAUGAAGGCGAAUCUGUAAGAUUAUGUUAUGUAUAUAUUUUUUCCUAGGGAGUAUGUUGUUAUUUUUCUAUACUUGUUAUGUCGUCGUAUUUGCACAUAUUAUUAAACCUUAUUAGUAAAUUUAAUACUGUGUUUGAUUA